CUUGAGAGGGAAUUGUCAAACAAGGUUUGAGCUAGGACAAGAGUACCAUUUAGUUUCAUUUUGUGAACACUCGUAAACGUUCCAAAGUUAUGUACAAAUAAAUCCAUUGCCUUUAGAGGAACGCCAGCUACUCGGAGCUGAGAAGCCAGCUGAGAAGCCAGCAAGGAGAGAGACACCAGAGCAUUUACCAAAGCAGAAUUAUAAACUUCGAGAGAUUAGGGAUGUUGUAGGUCAUAUUCACACUGAUUCCCUAUUGCCUGUGGUGGUACUCGACACAUGAUCAGAGGCAAAAGAGCUGGAACGAGGACACUCACAGCUUUUUGCUUUUGUUUCUACCAAUUUGACAUCACACAUGGCUACUGAUGGCAAUGCUCUUCAGGUUCCCUUGCGUCAGAAGCAGAGAAAGAAAACUCAAGGUUUUUUCACGAUGAGUCGGAGGAGGAUAUCCUGUAAAGACCUGGGACAUGCUGACUGCCAAGGGUGGCUGUAUAAGAAAAAAGAAAAAGGAACUUUCCUAAGCAACAAAUGGAAAAAGUUCUGGGUGGUGCUGAAGGGAACGUCGCUCUACUGGUACAGCCACCAAAUGUUUUGUACAUUCUGUCAUCUUUGUAGAAAAUUACUAGAAACCUGCAUUGUUCAGCAGGCAGAGAAGGCCGAUGGAUUUGUCAACCUGCCCGAUUUCACUGUGGAGAGAGCUUCUGAAUGCAAGAAAAAGCAUGCUUUUAAGAUCAGCCAUCCACAAAUCAAGACCUUUUAUUUUGCAGCUGAAAAUGCACAGGAAAUGAGUGUGUGGUUAAACAAGCUUGGAUUAGCUGUAAUCCAUCAUGAAACUGUUACAAAGGAUGAAGAAUGCUACAGUGAGAGUGAACAGGAAGACCCUGAAAUAGCUGUGGAGACACCACCCCCUCCUUACUCUGCGGAGACUUUCUCUCCUUUGGCUACACAGCAGGCAUCUUCAUCUUCACCCAAACUGAGUGAUACGUCACGUUCUUCCUCUUCCUUGGAAAAUACAGAAAAGACACACAGCAGUUUGGCCUCCUCCUUAUCUAGAGAAAGACAGUCCUGGAUCGACAUAGUUAAUAGUUCUGCUGCUGCUGACGAUGAGGGACAGUCUAUAACACUUGCUGUGAAUGUUCACUCACCUGCACCCUCAGAGGCAAACAGUCGCAAAGCCCUGGAAAACAGCUGUGCCACUUCAGAAAGUGAAUUUUUGAACUCUUUGUCUAGUGAUGACACUUCUUCAUUGAGUAGCAACCUGGACCAUCUUACUGUCCCAGACAAGCCCACUGGAUCAAAGAUGGCAGACAGAGAGGAAACAAAGGUGUCUGAAGAUGAUGAAAUGGAGAGACUCUACAAAUCGUUGGAGCAAGCUAGUCUCUCUCCUCUCGGGGACCGACGGCCUUCAACCAAAAAGGAGCUGAGAAAGUCCUUUGUGAAGCGAUGUAAGAAUCCAUCCAUAAAUGAGAAACUUCACAAAAUCCGAACCUUGAACAGCACAUUGAAGUGUAAAGAACAUGACCUGGCCAUGAUUAACCAGUUGCUGGACGAUCCGAAGUUGACAGCCAGAAAAUACAGGGAGUGGAAGUUGAUGAACACCCUGCUGAUCCAGGAUAUCUAUCAGCAGCAGCGGGCCCCCACGUCUGCCCACGAGGGCACCCCCCAGGGACUCGAGAAACCACCUUCCUCUGCCCAUGUUGGAAAUUCUAUCUGAGAACAAGCCAACAUUCUCUCCCCUUUUAUCGUACCCCGAGCAGCUCUUCAAGAUGUUGCGAGAGCUCUCCUUAAAAGGAAAACUGAAACCAAUUCCUCAAGCGGUGGCUGCUCCUCUAAAGACGCGACUUAGGUGAGGACCUACUGUGUUGGCAACAGGAGCCCUCCUUCCGGUGGCAGUGCUUACAUGGAGACUGGAGGCAUUGAGCUCAGUUGAACAAACCCCGUGUCCCUCCUAGGAGCUCAUGGUUAUGCUAGGCUUUAGGUGGGAUGUGAGAAAUGUGCAUUCUGUUCUUUGCCCUCAAGAGAACGACAGCGGGACGAAGAUUCUAAUGGACAAAGAUCACGUUCUACCAAGGAUAAUUAUUCAUAGAAGUGUUUUGUUUUCCAAAAGAAGAAUGUAAGGAUGUACAUAUUCCACUGGGUUGGGUAGUUGAAUUCUUCGAAUCAUUUAUGUUUUGAGUGGAGGAAUGUGUUUUAUGGCAGCAACUGGAACGAGACAGUUGUGGUGUUGUGGAACCAAAAUCUCUUGCCUUUGGUCCAGAAUGGUGGUGCCUUUUCCGUGAGCUGAGAAAUACUUCAGAGCGAGUGGUGUGUGGGAGAGCCCGAGGAGGAGGUGUGCCCUAUCUUCCCACUCUCUCAAAGGACAGCUUGGUGUUUCCACACUCUACCCAGGUGGGGGGGAUCUGAUUAAAGUUUCCUUUCCACAGAGCAGCUACAGAAAUACGUUUCAUUACACUUCGAGACCUCCACUCCCUCCUAGCCUUUCUAAACCACUGUAGGAGAUAGAAAUAAGUCCAGCAGGGAAUGUUUGCUGCGUUCGUCCCUGGGUGUGGUGCCUCUGCACAGUGUCAAUUUAUGUCCAGUUUCCCCAGGAUCAAGAUUGACAAGACGAUUCUGGUGUCUGAAUGGUUUUGAUAUCCUGACUCCAGAAAACCCAAUGAAAACAACAAAAGAGUUAAAAUAUGAUUAUUUUAUUUUUGUAUGUUUAUGUCUCACUUCGGGUCCUCUGUGAAUAGCUCUCUAUAAUGUUUGUUAUUUAAGUAUAUUUAUAGAAGGUCAAAUUACUAGUGUUGUAAAAGAUGGUAAUUAUACAUUUUGCUCAAUGUAUAUUCUCUAAGUAUAUACUUUUUUGCUUGAGAAAGUAGGAAUACUGUUGAUUCACUGGAGUUAUUAUGUUGCACUAUGCUGUAUGAGGAAUGCUCAGGAUAUCUUGUGGGAUAAAUACGGAGGCAUGCGUUAAUAAUCUUCCAUUUUCUGGCUUCUUUCUCUUUUUCUCCCUCUCUUUCUCAACCCAGAGUGCUCAGAUUUCUCUAUCUGUGGUCAGGCAUUCUUUUAACCAGAAAAGGAUUUUCAUCUUAGGUUAUUUCUUGUAGUGAAUAAACUUUGUAAACUUUAUGCCAUUUAUGCCCACAAGCCCUAAACCAAAUGAAACACAGCUAAUAUGGUGUUUUGUCUAAGGUCUAAUAGAAAUUUGGGGGUCUGUUAAAGAGAACUCGUUUUAUUACUAAUUACUAAUCAUGAAUAUUUCUCAUAAGAAUAACCACAACCCAGCAAAAACCCAGUUUGGCCUUACCCCUAGCAAAUGGUCAGGCUAACACAGUGUGCUUUAUAGAGCCAAAGUGUGGCUUGACAUUCAAGUGGAAAUAACCGUCUUUUUUAAUCUGCAAACUAGAUGGAAAUAGUUGUUGAAUAUUUCCUCAAGCUUUACUCAGAAGUGUUAAUACUUUGUAAACAACAACAAUCCUCGUAUUAAGAAAGAAAAAAAAACAGGAAACAAGUCAGAGUACUAGAAGCUUUUGUAAGAUAAAAGAUUAUGUCAGUCCCUAUGGCCCAGUAAGCAUUUAAGGGGACCUAUCCCAAGUGGAGUGUGCUGGGCCAAGGACUCCCCGGAAGAGGGGGCCUGGCCCCGGUGAAUGUUCUGUUGGCCCCAGCUCUGGAUGCAACCAUACAGGUCCUCAGAUUAGACCCCGAAGCUCCUGCUUUGAGAGGCCAGUGCUUUACUGUCUUUACUCUGGGAAUCAUCACUGAUUAUUUCUGCAAUUAGCAGCUAUUAGAAGGUUAAUUGUUUAGGAUUCACAGUGUAAACAGAUUGUUGAGAGAAGGAGACAUAAUAAUGGGCAUAAUAAUUAAUAAUUCCACCUUCUUUCCUUUGGCUUGAAAUACUAACCUAUAAACUUCAAAACGAUUUUUCUAAAUUGAGGUGCCCCAGAAGCUUUUGGCCCGGGCUUGUGAAUACACCUCAGUGCUCUACUUUGGCUUUGGCUUUUCAUGAAUACAUGCUUAGGUGACCGUGUAGGGUAAAUUCCUUAGGAGCACUCCAAAUUAAAGGCAAAAGAGGUCCAUGAGAUUGCUGAAUUAAACCUUUCAGUUACUUUUCAAAGUCAGGUUAGUCUAGAAGCUUUGGCUUUGUUAAAGCACAUACUGUGCAGAAUGUCCCCCAAUGAAAGUGAGAUCCAGCUGCCCCGUCCUGCCCCCUCUCUUCUAGACCAGGCUCACCUUCUGGUUAGUGUUUCACCCUCUGAAAACACUUUCACUCUGCAUUGCUUUGUGUUAGGAAGUAAGGGGCUGCCUCUGUGAGGUCCCAGCUUCAGCUGUGGCCACUAAGAGGAAGUGGAGGGUAGUGGGAAGUGACAGGAAGAGUGGGUGACACUUUCCCUGACACUCAAUUUAGGAAUAACUCAGCCUUGUUGUUGUUGUUUUUUCAAAGGAUAUUAGGAAAACUGGAUUACUUCAGUUUAUUCCUGAGGGUUAGGUCAUCUCUGAAAUGGAUUUUGGGUAGUUUCAUGGAGUUCACAGGGUAACUCUUUUGCCCAUUCCUGUAGAUGUAGGGUCUGAAGGCUGUGUAAUGACCCAGAACCAUGCCAGCUCAGGAAGCAGAGAACCUGAGUGUUAUCAGGUCCAAACCUGUGGCACCUGCUGUGGAUUAGGAUCUGGAUGGGACUCCUCUUUGGGGUUGUGUGGAGGACCAUUUCUCUCUAUUGGUAGCCUGUAGACCCAAACUAGUGCCUGAUAGGAUACCUCCAUGGCUGGAACAUUGCAGCAUGCGCUGAAUCAAAUGGUCCCACACUUGAAGGGCGUCUAUUACUUUUAAUAAGUCUUUGUUCCGGCACAAUCUCAGCUUGGCAUCAAAGACCUAAGAAGAAUCAUAAGGUACAUAUUACUGCCAAGACUCCCAGAAGCCUAAGAAAGAUUAUGUUUGGAGUCAGAUUUCAGUGUGAAACCCAAGCCUUAUAUUUACGUAGCACUUUGUUGUUUGCACGUAUGCGUGUUUCAGGCUUCCGUCCCUUUCCCUCCCCAGUGGUCUUGGUGGGAUGCGUGAUCACUCCUCCUUUUUUGACAGGGAGGAAAGAAACUCCUCCCAUUUCUCUCAUUCUUCUCUCUCCCGGUUCCUUGCGCAGUCACUGUUGGGCCCCAGCCCUGUGACGUGCAGUGUGCGUGCAUUGCCGGGGUGGCCGGGGUGGCUUUUGUGAAGUCAUCGGCUGGGAGCCUGAGGGGAGGCUCUUUUACUUGAGCACGGUCUCUUCCCCAGGGCUGAGGGGCUGCCCUUCCUGCAGCAACCGACUGCUGGGUUGACCAUGAGUUGGGGUGUGACCCAAUCACUGUGCUUCCUUUUCCUUCCUUCUGUAACUUCCAUGCUUGUUGGGUGUUGUGAGAUCUGUGGAUGUAAGAGGCGGUUGAAGAAAUGGAGAUCAUUUGUUUUCCUCUAAAAGCCAGUCGGAGAUGGAGUCUGGUGACUCGGGGUUAGGCCCUCAGCUUUCCUCUCCCAAUUUCUUCUCCUGCAGCAUUUUGAUACAAAGCCAUGCAGAAGAUGUGGGUAAUUUAGGUCCAGAGGAUGCCCAUCCAAAACAGGCCAGUGUGUUAAAAAUAACCAAUAACCUUUGGUUCAUUUUAGGGUAUAUCUCUUCUUCAGUCUAUUAGAAUAUGAUAUUUGAGAGUCCAAUUUAUUUUCCUUCUAAUUUUUUGUGUACUUACCUCGCAAGAGAAAUCGAGUCCUAGAAAUGUCAGGUGGCCGCCCUGCUGGGGUUUUGUAAUAUGUAAUGAAAAAGGAAAGCCCCUGAAACUGAUUUUUAACAACCCAUAUGAAGUGGGUUAGGGAGCAGGAAUAAUUCCAGCCGUCACAGAAAGCUCCUCUCUCUGAACAGGAUUUUGACAGCUCUGUGUUCUUCUAGGUUGUGAGACAGGAAGCAAUUUCCCUGCUUCCUCUGCACAUUUUUACUCUUCCCCAUUCUACCAUAGACCACAGAAGACAUUAAAAAUGAUUCUCCGUUAAAAAACAAAGUUUGUCCGUAUCUCUUCCUGUGAGACUUAACUGCACUAUAUUGAUAUUUCUUCAUGUUGCGUCCAAAGGGGAAGCAUGCCCCGUGGACACAUUUAGCAUCCCAUAAUAAAAACCAGAAGUUUUAGUCACCGUAGACUUUAAUGUCCUUGCAUGAUGGGGAUGUGACUGUUAGCGCUGCAUGGUGUUUGGGGCAAGAUGAUAAUGUGGAAAUGACACCUUCAAUGUCAUUGUGCUUUCGUUCUCUGUCACCUAUCCUCUUUGAACAGAAAAAAAGAGGCACGGCUCAUUUCUUCUGCUUUGUUUUUUGAGAGUGACUUGUAAGAUACAAAUAAAAACAAGAGAAAAUA